CUAUAAUAUAGUAUAUUCUCGAGGCAUUAUCCUCUUUUCUAUAAAUGUAUAUCUAGCGAACUGUUACGCGUUGUAUGUGAAAAAAGCAGUUUAUUAAAAUGUUGUAGAAGAAUGUAUCCGGCAAAUCAUAAAACUAUUUUUGUUUUGGAUCAUACGCCAUACUUUGGUAUAUCUACUGAAGCUCCAAUAGAAUUUGAUUUUCUAAAGAGUCGCGGUCAAAACUUAAUUCCUUUGGCACCUGUUUGUAAAUCUUUAUGGACCAGCAGUGUAGAAGCUUCACUAGAAUAUUGUAGAAUAGUGUGGGAUCUCUUCCCAACUGGAAAAUUGAUAAGAUUUGUUGUAACUGAUCGUGCAGCAUAUGUAUUGAACUCAUGGAGUCCAUCGCAACAAAAUUUAAAUCAUAUAAUGAAUGGCACAGCCAUUCUAGGAAUACCAACGAAGAUGCCAAAACCUGGAGAAGAUUAUUCAGUUAUACAUGGUUUGAGAGUAGCAAUUGAAACGCUUAACGAAUGCUCAGAAAUUCAACAUGACAAGAGAACAUCAUUAAAUGAGAAUACUAGUAAGCUUGUUAAUAGAGGAAGAGUGAUAUGUAUUACUAGUGCACGAGAUAAUAGCAACAUGAAAAACUUGGAAAAUAUAUUUUUGAAUGAGUUAACGCAAGAAAAUAAAACUGCUUUAGCUUCAGAUCAUUUAAUACCAGUAGAUUAUUGCCAUUUAGUUAUACUGAACAUCUUCCCUAAUAAUAUUGAGUCACAAGUUACUAGUCAGGGACCAAGAGAGGUUUCACCAAUGUUAACAGUAGAAGUGCAUUCUAUUAAGGCACCCGCAUUACAUUCAAAAUUGUCUCACUUAAUUUUAUCUCACUAUGAUUUAGCUAGUACAACAGUAACCGGUAUACCAAUGAAAGAAGAACAGAAUGCUAGUUCUUCUGCAAAUUAUGACGUCGAAAUAUUUCAUUCUUCAGCUGCCCAUUCAGCAAUUUUAAAAGGAAACCCACAAGAUUCUGCUUUAAUUAAAACAUUUAGGAGAUUCGAAGAAGGAUCAGAAUAUGAAACAGUGACUUUGAAGUGGUGCACACCACGAGGGUGCAGUGCGGCAGAAAUGCAAAACUGUACUGCCAUGCAUAGAAUCACACCUGUAGAUGUAAAUAGUAGACCUUCCUCUUGUUUGAUCAACUUUUUGCUGAAUGGUAGAUCAGUAAUGUUGGAAAUGGCAAGGAAGAGUGGUGGAAAAACUAUUUCUCAUUUACUUGCUGCACACGGCGGAGAAAUUUUUAUACAUACAUUAUCAACCGCUAGAAGCGUAUUAGAAGAUCCACCUUCUAUUAGCGAAGGUUGUGGUGGUCGUGUCACCGAUUAUAGAAUAACUGAUUUUGGAAAAUUGAUGCGGAAUAAUGUAUUGGUGCCUUUAAAAAGAAGUACAAACUGUAAUACCGAAGGUCCAGCAGAAAAGAUGAGAUCUAGAUUAGAACGACAUACGAAAUAUUGGCCAAUUACUAUUUCUAGUACACUUAUGUUCAAUCUGAAACAGUUAAUAGAUCCAUUGCCAGAUUUAAUGGUAAAGGAAGAACUUACUGCAGAGGAGGUCGUACAGUGCAAACAGGUGAUCUUCAGUUUAUUGCAAUUAGAAGCAAAACACGAAACCUUACCACUACCAAGUAUAGGAGGUGGCCGUGGUGGGAAAGGUGGUGUACGUAGGGAAGAACACUACAGGCUGCUGUGGGGAGAAUUAGAAACAUUCUUAAAGCACCACUCGAAUAAUUCUGCUGCGCAUUCUGAAGUUCUAACUUGUCUCCUCGAAGUACGAAGCAAAGACGACAAAGAUAAAGUCGAAUUGGAUCAGGCGUUGCGCGAAUUAGAUGGAUUUGGCAAAGAAGAUGUAACUGCUCGAGCUAGCGUAAUAAGAGCAACAACCGAUUCACCGAUGUCGCCACCGCCAAGUACAUCAAUGUCACUCGGGAAACAACUCCACAAGGGUAGUCUCCAUGCGCCUAAAAGUUUGUUAGACAUUUGGUUGCAAAGAAGUGGACCUAAGGAGAAGAAACCUGAUUUUCAUGGAAGAGUGAAUAGUGAUGGUCCCAAGGCAAAACUAUAUCCCAACUUAAAAGAGACUGGGCGAGAGCCACGCGAACCUAUCUUGGAAGGCUAACGAUUUGACUUGAGAAAUUUUAAUGAACCAUACGCGUAUAAAAUAUUAGUUACAAUAAUUAUUAUUUGCUACCUACCAUUGGUUGCAAUGGAUAAUGCGUUACAAUACUUUUGACCAGGAACGAAUAACAAUUUCUUAAGCUAUAA